UGCUUGUGUCUUUUCUCCACAUAUCUGAUAGAGGUGACUAACUCUACCGUUUGUCAAGCCCACCCACCAGCACAGAGACUUCGUCCUCACAAACCACCGCCAGCUCAAAGAGAGAAGGAAAGUCAAUAGCAUCUCCUCCUGCAUCGACAUGGGCACCGAUUUGACAAGGUCCCUUACGUCAGUGCUUCUGUGGUCAGGAGUUUUGGUCUUCCUCUCCCUGCCCCUGAUCCAGUCAUGUGAAAAAGGAAAGCCCAGCGAGUGUGCCGAAGCCGAAUUUGCUCCAGGAUCCAACCUGGCCGGGGAAGGCUUCGACAUCACCAAGAUGCAGCGAAAGGGGGCCUUCGUCAUCGACAUGACACGAUGGAAACUGAAGGACAAAACCUGCACCCUCUGCAGAAACCCCUACAUGGAGGGGAAGAAGCAGAAGCUGCCGCUUUCAGUGGUGGACUGGAGACCCAGCCAGAAGUGCAGCAUGAAGCUGUCCAGCUCACUUUACCAGUCCAGCGAAUCCCUGCUCAGCUCCAGCACCUCUGCUAUCGACAACAACUGGAGCGCGAACCUGGGAAUCAACGUAAAGAGGGCUGACGUGUCGCUGACGAUGGCCGGCACUAACUCCAAGUUGGCUGAGUAUUCAAUGGAGAAAACCAAAAAGGACAGAUUCAACUUUGCCAGUCAAAGCAUUUCCUGUGGAUAUUACACUUACAGGGUUUCCAACAAGCGUAUUCUCCAUCCUGAGUUUAAACGCUCUGUGAGUCAGCUACCCAAGCAGUACAACGCCCAGUUCAAGCCACGUUUCUACAAGCUUAUCGACAACUUCGGCACACACUUCAUCACCAAGGUAACCCUUGGAGGGAAGGUCCACUCAGUGACCAGUAUCAAGCAGUGUCAGGCAGCCUUGCAGGGCCUGAGUUCGGAUGAAGUAAAGAUAUGCCUUGAGGUGGAGGCGUCUGCCAGCGUGAUGGGAAAGGCUAACGCGAAAGCAGACGCGAAGCACUGUGACGAAGCCAAGUCCAAGACGGAGAGUAAAGGCAGUUUUUCCAGCAACUUCAAUGACAGGUUCACUGAGAUAUAUGGCGGCCACACCACUGAGCCCGAGCUCCUCUUCUCCGCAGAUAAGGACCCGGGUGCCUAUAAGGAGUGGCUGUCCACUGUGCCCCAACAGCCAGAUAUCAUCUCCUAUUCGCUAGAGGCUCUUCAUGAGCUGCUGCCCCCCAAAAAUCCGGUCCGAAAGCACCUACGCCAAGCCAUCCACGACUUCAUCCUGGAGAAGUCGCUGUGGAGAAACUGCUCUGAACCCUGCAUGGCCGGCGUUAAACACAAUCCCAAGGAGCCAUGCGUCUGCACCUGCCGAAACAACCCCGGGGUGACUCCUGACUGCUGCCCGUCUAAACGUGGACUCGCUCGGGUGAAGGUCACCAUAGAAAGAGCAUCCGGUUUAUGGGGGGACCACACGACACAAACAGACGGGUACGUGAAAGUGUACGACAAAAACAAAAUGGAGAUCGGACGCACCCCUGUUAUCUACAACAACAAUUCCCCCCACUGGGGCAUGCCUUUUGACCUGGGUGACGUCAUUCUGAUGGACCACAACUCUCUGAGGCUGGAGGUGUGGGACGAAGACAGCAAAUGGGAUGACGACCUGCUGGGAGCUUGCGUGGUGGACUUAAAAGCAGGCGAGACGCAGAAUUUCUGCAAGUUAGAUUACGGUGAGCUGUAUUACAAAACGCAGGUCGUGUGUGCCCCAAGCCUAGCCGGGCCAUCCUGCACAGAUUAUGUAGGAUCUCCUAUGAAUAACAACCUGGAGAAGGUGUACGUGUCUCGUCAUGCUCGCCUCGUCCCAAAGGAAAUGCUGCUGGAGAUGGGGGUGACUUUGGAGGAGCUUCACUUUACUGUCAGUCAGAAGGCAGACAAUACUGCUAAGAUCGUCCUGUAGCUCCAAAGGAAAACGCAUCCAUUUUUGGCGAUUUUUAGUUUUCUGCAUCGUUUGAACACGGCGGUCGUCCUUUACAUUGUGUGAAAAUUUCAUGAUGAAUGGACCAAUAGAAAUGCUCUAAAAUUACUUGCAAUAAAAUAUCUUCACAUUGACUUACAUUAAAAGUAAAGAUCGUUUUUGCCCUCUCCUGAAAAGUUACCAUUUUGGAGAUACUUGUUUUUCUUUAGAGAGCGAUGAUAUAUAACUUAAGCCAUUCAUCUCUUACUGAUAGUGCACUGCAAAAAAUAUCUUAA